AUGCAUAUAUUUUUCUUUCUUUUUUUUUCUUUUUUUCUAUCUAUCUAUCUAUCUAUCUAUCUAUCUAUCUAUCUAUCUAUCUAUCUAUCUAUCUAUAAUCUAGGCCCAUUUUUGUUAUCUAUCUAUCUAUCUGUUUAUGAGUUUGGCCAUAUCUAUCUAUCUAUCUAUCUAUCUAUCUAUCUAUCUAUCUAUCUGUUUGUCCAUAUUUAUCUAUGUAUGUAUGUAUGUAUGUAUCUAUCUAUCUAUCUAUCUAUAUAUAUAUAUAUGAGUUUGUCCACAUCUAUCUAUCUAUCUAUCUAUCUAUCUAUCUAUCUAUCUAUCUAUCUAUCUAUCUAUCUCUGUAUAAAUUGGUGCAUAUCUAUCUAUCUAUCUAUCUAUCUAUCUAUCUAUCUAUCUAUUGCGGUCUUUUCAUAUCCAUCAAUCCUUCUGUAUAUUUCUGGUCAUAUCUAUCUAUCUAAAAAAUUCUUUACAAUUAGAAGUAUUAACAAACUCUCACAAACAACCCAAGAUAAUUUGAUGUAUAUUCAUUCUAUCAUUCUAUCUAUCUAUCUAUCUAUCUAUCUAUCUAUCUAUCUAUGUCGCGCAUAUAUGUAA